GACCCCCUCCUGCAUUUGGCGGGGAUGCUCAGCCCGCCUCGCCUUCUCUUCUUGAUCUCCUGCUGGUGGACUUCGGGGCUGGUCGGUGGCAUCCAUCCAGAAUGCAGACUACAGCUGGAAAUUUAUCAGGAGGAAAUAAAGUGUACGGAGCUUUUGCAGAAUGCCAAAACUGUGGGUUUUAAAGGAUGUCUUGGCCUCUGGGAUAACCUUACGUGCUGGCACACUGCAGAAAUUGGAGAAACGGUGACAGUCCCUUGUCCGAAAAUCUUUAGCUACUAUUUCAGCAAACCAGGAAAUAUUAGCAGAAAUUGUACACGUAAUGGCUGGUCGGAGACAUUUCCACAUGUCUACCUUGCUUGUGGAUACAAAGAAGUUGAAGACAGCUCGAUGUUCUAUGUUCUGGUGAAAGCGAUUUACACCUUCGGGCACAGCGCAUCUCUCAUUGCCCUCACUACAGGCAGCAUCAUUCUCUGCCUUUUCAGGAAACUUCAUUGCACUCGGAACUACAUACAUUUGAACUUGUUCCUGUCUUUCAUCCUUAAAGCAAUCUCUGUCUUAAUUAAGGAUGAUAUCCUUUAUUCCAACCCUAACACAGAUAAGUGCUCUAAAGACCAUCCAUCCUGGGUCGGCUGCAAGGCUAGCAUGAUAUUUUUCCAUUACUCUGUAAUGGCCAACUUUUAUUGGCUCUUAGUUGAAGGACUUUAUCUCCACAUCCUCCUCAUGGUCAUAUUUUCUCCUAACAGACACUUCACCUUAUAUCUCCUUAUGGGAUGGGGAAUUCCUACAGUUUUCAUUGUAAUGUGGAUCAUAUCCAGGGUCUAUUUUGAAGAUACAGGUUGCUGGGAUACAAAUGAUCACAGUGUUCCUUGGUGUGUUAUAAGAUUACCAAUCAUAAUUUCUAUUUUGGUGAAUUUUUUACUUUUCAUUAGUAUUAUGAGAAUUUUACUACAAAAGCUGAGGUCACCAGAUGUUGGAGGCAACGACCAGUGUCAUUACAAGAGACUCGCAAAAUCAACACUGCUGCUCAUUCCACUGUUUGGAGUUCACUACAUGGUGUUUGCUAUACUUCCUAUUUCCAUUUCCAGUAACUACCAGAUCAUUUUUGAGUUAUGUCUCGGAUCUUUUCAGGGUCUGGUUGUUGCAGUCUUAUAUUGCUUUCUGAACAGUGAAGUACAAGGCGAACUGAAAAGAAAAUGGCGGAGCUGGUGUUUGAACCAAAGAAUGGGCCGAGAUUACAGACUUCACAGCUCCUCUAUUUCUCGAAAUGGCUCAGAAAGCAUCUGUCAGUUGCAUCGCAAUUCAGCAACUCAGUUUUCUGUCCAGACAGAAACCACAGUGAUAUAAGCCUUCAAGGAGGCUACAGAAGAC